CUACCAGCAUGAUCGCAUCCUGACUGCCGCAUUUGGGUACAAUCAAUUACGUAUCAAGUCAUCACUAGGGAGCCGAAGGAUUCAACCUUGCGAAUUGACGGUCGAUCUUUAUAUGGACGUUCCAAUAGACUGGGGUGACCGCACAUCGUGCAUCCUGCAUACGAGGCUGCGCCUCCGUCAGCUCAGCUCGCCCAUGAUAUAUGAUUUGGCUCGGGGAAUUCGCUUUAGAGGGUAGCAUGUCGUAUUUCCAAUAAUUUUAAGAGCAAGAAGUCGGGUUAUGUUCGCAUCUUUCUUUUGUUCAAUCCCAUAACGAAUUCACGAUGUCUUUUCCAGAGGAGGGUUCAGGGAGCGUGGCUACUAAUCCUACAGGUGCGCUGGCCGAGGAGUCGGACCCUCGAUCGAGUGACCUCGGCACGGAUCCGAACGAUGGCUCUGGUUCUGGCGCUGGAUCACUGUCUGAAUCCAUCCCUUCGGACUGCCUGGGUCUUGGAUCUCCCAGCGCCGUUUGUGAAUGCCAACGGGGCAGCUGGUCUGAAGAUAGAGCAUCCGCGCGGGAGUUUUGCAGCUGCCCAAGCGGCACGAAGUCGAAUGGCGAUCCCGCGAUGCCACUCUGCAUAUCUUCCGCCAUCCCAUCAUCGACAGCGGCCAGAAGCUUAUCUACUGAAUCUCCCAGCUCUGCCAGCGUGACCAGCGCUCUCCCAUCGGCUGCCCUGGCCAGUGGGUCACCGAUAAAUGUUAGCAGAAGUGGACUCGCCCCCGGUCCGGUAGCGGGCAUCGCCGUUGGAUCUGCCGUCGCCGGAGCCGUGAUCGCGAGCCUGAUCUUGUUCUUCGCCUGCGUCCGAGGACGAUCCAAGAAAGGAAGUGGCUACGGUAGCAAAGUUCGCUACUCCGACAUUCCUGAAGAGAAGGACGGGCACCUUAACGGAGCGUCCAAAACCCCCACUGUUUCCGUCGUCGAAACCCAUCUCCCCCAACCGGCAGCCGACGACGUGAUCUUUGGCGAAUUCGGCAACCUUCGGGACCGCAUUGUGAACCAUGUCCAGGCCUAUUACCACACCGCCGAAGUCGACGACGACAUGAUCGGGACCGCUGCUCUCCACGGCAUAUCGAAUAUCACAAAGAUCCCGGCAUCGACUUUACGAGCGCUGCUGCUGGACCCGAGCACGAGACCGCAUGCGCUUCGGACGUAUAUCGGCUGCCUAGUCCUCUCCCGGGCGACGCCCGAAGCGGACGCGAAGGUGUCCUUACUCCCACCAGAAAUCGCGGGCUGCCUCCCCGCCAUAGCCGCGCAGUCUAGUCCAGUCCAAAUGGCCCUGUUCAGUAAGUGGAAAGCCAUCUCCGGCGUGCUCCUGCAGUCGCGGUAUGACCCGAACGUCAUCGUCGAUGACGACACGCGCAAUCCUAGCAUUCGCCGGGCGCUGGGGGAGGCCGAGCUCGUCCUUCAGCCGUUCGCGGCGAAUCUGACGGAUGAGCGAGAGCGGAACUUGGAGGAAAUCAUGCGCGGGGGCGCUCGCUUCGGAUUCAUACUCUUCGGCCAACCGUCCAGCUGGCGGUUUCAAUGGGAUGGAGCGGUGGAUGGGUUGGCGGUCUUUCCGCGUCUCCUUCAGUUAACGAAUGACGAUGGACAGGCCGUGCAGUCGCCGAGAGUGUUUGGCGAAAUGGAGGUGGUACAAGGAGCUCACGUUGUAUCAAGCUGAUUUGAGGCUCUGCGGAUCCCGUCACACAGCAUGAUUCGUGCCAGGACGAUCAAAGCAGUUGUCCUGUAGUCCAGACGACCUACUGCUAGGCCAUUUCAUCCUAGUGGCAUUGAUUAACAAGAUCAUAUAAUAUAUGAAUAUGCGUGAACUCAC